UAGAAUACCAAUCGACAGGUUGAUACCAUACUCUUCGUCCUGGCAAAUCUGCUCGUCUUGGCUUACUGAAACUAGCGCUUGAAAGAUAUCUAAUCUCAAUCUCGGAUCGCCUUGGUGAGGACUGGACGGAUCGAAGCAUUUGGCAUGCUUAGUGAGCCCUAUCACCGGUGACGUAAUAUCGUAUGCCCACCAGACGCACCACGUGCACCUUGCUGCAACCUCAUCGUCAGCCUUACGCGUUCUGCAGGGCCAUAUCCAACAUUGUGAGUUGUGCUUACUUUUGCAUUUGCAACGGUCAACCACUCGUGUCGCUGUCAUUCUGCCCCUUCUGGACUAAUUUCUCACUCAGCUUUCCGCAUUGCAGCCCUAGCCCAACGCCCGACAGCUUGUUACUGUACCUCCAACCACGAGCCACAACCGCCAUUCACCGCUUCUGUCAGGGCUACCGUCUCUCUAUCGAGUCAGGGAGCCACAAUAGACGGUCACGCGUAUUGCACCUUCCUAAUCGUGGAGGUACACGCAUGCAGAGGCUCCUUGUAGAAGACCAGCUGACGGACAUGCCAUCGAACACCUGCAGCCAUGACUUCCACCAAAAACGACAAACUUCGAGAGGUCACGACAUGAAUUUUGCGCAGCUCUGCUCUCCCCUCCUCCGCUAUCGGAGCUCCUAGAGAAAUACUUCUCCUCCAGCAACCCCAAAAUCACUGAGCAUGGUCCAGAGUGGGCACGCAAACGCCUACCAUUUCUCGCAAAGACCUUCUCAGGCAAGGAUAGCUGUGAGGGGUACUUUAAGCUGAUGGGUGGCACCCUCGAGAUGUCUUUAGACAAGGAUGCCUUUCCAGAUGCUAAAGGAUUCAUUGUGGAUGCCGAUGCCAACGCCGUGACUGUGGUAGGCAACGGUCACUUUUCCAGC